UGCUUUGCGUGCACUGCGGUUGGGUGGAAAAACCCACUCCUGGUUGUUUAGACGUUGGCCUGCGGAAGAUGUCAUUUCUGUAUUCCUCUAAGGAGUGGAAUCUGUAAGCAGGCCAAGAGAGCAUCCAGGCGGCUUGGAGUGGAAUAGAGGGCUCUAGAGCGGGUGUCUCAAAGAGGAAACAGAAUGUAUGUCAAAACAUACUAUCCAAAACUGAAAAUAGCCGGGCAAGGUGGCUCACGCCUAUAGCCCCAGCACUUUGGGCGAAUCACCUGAGGUCAGGAGUUCGAGACCAGCCUGGCCAACAUGGCGAAACCCCGUCUCUACUGAAAAUACAAAGAUUAGCUGGGCAUGGUGGUAGGCACCUGUAAUUCCAGCUACUCGGGAGGCUGAGGCACGAGAAUCGCUUGAACCCAGGAGGCGGAGGUUGCAGCGAGGGGAGAUCCUGCCACUGCACUGCAGCCUGGGCGACAGAGGGAGACUCUGUUUCAAAAGAAAAAAAACAACUGAAAAUGCAGGAAGUCAUUAUGCAACUUACACAUAUUCAUCAGAUUUCCUCUGACUUACCCGGACAUGUACGUGGGAAUGAUGUGCACUGCCAAGAAAUGUGGGAUUAGGUUUCAGCCUCCAGCUAUUAUCUUAAUCUAUGAGAGUGAAAUCAAGGGGAAAAUUCGCCAGCGCAUUAUGCCAGUUCGAAACUUUUCAAAGUUUUCAGAUUGCACCAGAGCUGCUGAACAAUUAAAGAAUAAUCCACGACACAAGAGUUACCUAGAACAAGUAUCCCUGAGGCAGCUAGAGAAGCUAUUCAGUUUUUUACGAGGUUACUUGUCGGGGCAGAGUUUGGCAGAAACAAUGGAACAAAUUCAACGGGAAACAACCAUUGAUCCUGAGGAAGACCUGAACAAACUAGAUGACAAGGAGCUUGCCAAAAGAAAGAGCAUCAUGGAUGAACUUUUUGAGAAAAAUCAGAAGAAGAAGGAUGAUCCAAAUUUUGUUUAUGACAUUGAGGUUGAAUUUCCACAGGACGAUCAACUGCAGUCCUGUGGCUGGGACACAGAGUCAGCUGAUGAGUUCUGAUACCAAACACUCAAAACAUGCAUUGGGCUAGCAGAAUAUCCAUGUUUAUUACCAGACUGGUUCUGGAAGAAGCUGUAAAGAAUACUAAAUAUGUUGGGUUAUAGGGGAUUGACCAUGUUACUUUUCAAAACCAGGACAUUUAAAGCAUCUACUAUGUAGGUGCAUGAGGAAUAUGGGAAAAACAGAAUAAAGGAAUCUGCCUUUAAGGAGCUUACAAUCAUGCCGGGCACGGUGGCUCACGCCUGUAAUCCCAGCACUUUGGGAGGCCGAGGCGGGUGUAUCACCUAAGGUCAAGAGUUCGAGACCAGCCUAGCCAACAUGGUGAAACCUCGCCUCUACUAAAAAUACAAAAAUUAGCCGGGUGUGGUGGCGGGUGCCUGUAAUCCCGGCUACUCAGGAGGCUGAGGCAGGAGAUUCGCUUGAACCUGGGAGGCGGAGGUUGCAGUGAGCCGAGAUCGCGCCAUUGUACUCCAGCCUGGGCAAUGAGCAAAACUCCAUCUCAAAAGAAAAAAAAAAAAAAAAAAAGCUUACAAUCUGACUGGAAGAUGUCAAAACCUGUGAAAAGCUAAUUAGCAGUAUUAAGCAACACAAACAUUAGCACCAAAUGCAUGAUAAAGGCUAAAGAAGGCCAGAGCGUAUAUUACUGUAGAGUAGAAUAGUAAGGGAAGACUUUGUCCUUUAGUAAAGAGGUAGGAGGUGGCCUGGCCCUUGAAAUAGUAGUGUUUAGGUAGAUGCUUGUGUAGGAUUCCUGAUAAGAGCAACUGAAAAGAAGGAGAGGGGAAGUAGUAAAGGGACAAGAAACAAUUUUUUUUUUUUGAGGAACCAUAAGCAAAUUAUAGUUUGACAAGACUGGGGGACAUAUAUGGUUACCAGGGAAUGACCUGUUAUGUGUUAUAUCUUUAUAUUAUUUAUCUCUGGAAAAGAGUACCCUGCAAAAUUCCCUACAGCUGCAAGCAGAUGUCACUUGAUGGACAGAGGGGGAAUUCUGCCCCUCCGGUAUCAGGAAAUACAUACUAAAGACAUUGCGAAAGGCUGAACCUCUUCCCAUAAAUAAAAGGUUUGUUUGUAAAAUGGGAAAUCCACCCAUAAUAAAUGAACAAUAGGCACUGCCAGUUUAGGCCUGUUCAUGAAUGGAUCUGCAAGAGACCAUCUUCGUUUAACAACAUUAUCUGUGACUUGAUACAUUUAUCCUUAUUACAAUAUUGUUUAGUUGGUAGAAAUUCUAUGUUUUCUACAAGGAAAUUGAUGUUUAUUAAAUAAAACUGAAAAUAAU